AUGGCCCGGCGCCGGCACGGGCAUAGCCGACAGCGUCCGGAAGAUGAGGAUUCUGAGAGCAGGGCAGAGCUUGCCUCCGGCAGCCAGUACGCUGCUGCAUCUGCUUCUGCGAACCGCGGUCGACCACGUACAGUGUUUACCAUGACGGCAGGUGAGCCAGACGAGACUGCCGACAGACUUCUCAGGCAGGAGCUGCCGCCGGAUGCAUUUAUGGCUCUGGCCAGCAGGAUGGGCAGGGCCUAUGCCAGGCGGGCGGAGACCCCGGCGUUGCCGGCGUCGCACGAGGACAGUGGAGAAGCAGAGGAGGAUGAUCCACACCAUCGUACUUGGCCUGUUGGCGCGCGACAGGGAACCCUUUUCGCUGCGGACAGUGUGUCUAGCUCCGUCUUAGCAGUGGGACAUGCAGAGCCGAAUACGGUGGCACAUCGUCCCCACGACCAAGGGGAACCGCGUCUGCAGCCGAAGGCUAAGAAGAGGCCACUCAGCCUGGUACAGCUUGACAAUCAGCAUCACACCGCCAGGACGCAGUCGCGUCACCAGAUGCCAGACGGCAGAUGCCAGCCACCGCCUCUUGUAACACCUGAGGAGGAUCGUGAAAUAGAAGCAUGCAGAGACCAGAUCCCGACCGUCAUUGACAUCAACUCAGGGGAUGAGGAGGGGCCACCGGACGGCCCCAGGACGUCAGCAGACACCGCGCAGGGCUCCAGUGUCAACUCUUCGCUGGCCGCACCAAGCACGCCGCUGUUCCUGGAAUCUCAGAUCAUUCUUCAGGUGGCUGUCAAGCAUCAAGCACAGGCCUUGUCUUCGCGCAGUGCACGGGAUGCAUCCGCCGAUGGGGAAGAGACGCCACCAGAGGCAUUUACGUUGACACAAGCUCAGCGUGUGGUGUGCGACAGAUAUGAUAUGGUCUACGACGACCAGAUGUACACGGCGGCCGCGCCGGCCGCGCCAGUGCUGCACAGGCCAGCCUACUCCCACUAG